UACGGCACCGACAUCUCCGAGUGUGGCAACACUGAGAAGAAGGGCCUUGCUCAGCCCGUGCCUUCGGAUGGCUACGCGCAACACGACACGUUGGGCAGCUCGCACCCGGGGCCGUGCGAGAUCUGGUGCGAUGACACGCGCGUCUUCCACAACACCAAUUGUGCGCAAGAGUACGCCGGCGAAGUGCCAACGAAACUCCCAAUCGACGUGAGCACGUGCAAGGCGUCGUCCGAGUUCGUGUUCUACUGGCUGGCACUGCACGCUCAACCGUGGCAAGUCUACAUCAACUGUGUGGCUCUGGACGGCACGGCCGCUGCAGGUUCUACCAACUCGACCUCGACGACGACG